UCGGGGAGAGCGCGAGAGGGAGGGACGGAGCGCCUGAGGCGCCGGGGGGAAAGCGGGGCCGCCGGCCGAACGACCGCUCCUCUAGCCCGGCCUGCCGGCGGCCGACCCGGGGACCCGGUCCGCCGGUCCCUCCCCCGGUCGAGAGAGCGACGAGGCGCCGUCCGUCGCGUGUCGUCCCUUUGUGCCCGCCCCUCCCCCUCGGCGGGGCCGCAGCCCCGGAGGGACCCGAGGGAAGGACGAGGCCCCGGCCGCUCCCCCUGAGGCGGCCUCGGGCGUCCGUCGCCCGUCGGUCGGUCCUUCCCCCGGCUCCUCCCCGCGCCAUCUUGUCUGGUCCCGGCCGGCCGCCCGCCCCGUCGGGCCCCCCUUUGUCGCAGAGCUCGGGCUGGGCGGCUCUCCGGGGCUCCGGGAGGGGGGGGGCGGCUCGUCCCCGUGCCCCCUCCUCCUCCUCCUCGUCGUCGUCGUCGUCGUCGUCCUCCUCCUCUCCGGCGGACCGGCUCCGGGAGCCCUGCAGGGGGCUGCGCCCGCACACCCCGCCCCGGGCCUGGCGGCAGAAGGGCCGUGCUGCUUUUCCAAUGCUGCUUGUGAGGAGCAGAGAGUGCAAGCUGGGGAAUAGCGGUUGAAAAGAGUCGAUAAAUAAGGUUGAGAAAGCUGGUGGAGAGCCCUGAAUCCAACGGUGUCCAUGCAAAAGAGGCUUCAUUCAUACAGAUGAACGAAGGGUUGAGGCAGCAGUGUAAACCCAGAUAGUCAGCGGGCUCGCUGCCCCAGCAGGAUGCCAUCAACUAGCCGAGCAGGCAGCCUGAAGGAUCCUGAAAUUGCAGAGCUCUUCUUCAAAGAAGAUCCCGAAAAGCUCUUCACAGACCUCCGAGAAAUAGGCCAUGGAAGCUUUGGAGCAGUCUAUUUUGCACGUGAUGUGCGCACCAAUGAAGUGGUGGCCAUCAAGAAGAUGUCUUAUAGCGGAAAACAGUCGAAUGAGAAAUGGCAGGAUAUUAUUAAGGAAGUCAAGUUCCUGCAAAGAAUAAAACAUCCCAACAGUAUAGAAUACAAAGGCUGCUAUUUGCGGGAGCACACAGCAUGGCUUGUAAUGGAAUAUUGUUUAGGAUCAGCCUCUGACUUACUAGAAGUUCACAAAAAGCCAUUACAAGAAGUGGAAAUAGCAGCAAUUACACAUGGUGCUCUCCAGGGAUUAGCCUACUUACAUUCUCACAACAUGAUCCAUAGAGAUAUCAAAGCAGGAAAUAUCCUCCUGACAGAACCAGGCCAGGUGAAACUUGCUGAUUUUGGAUCUGCUUCCAUAGCAUCUCCUGCCAAUUCUUUUGUGGGGACGCCAUAUUGGAUGGCCCCAGAAGUAAUUUUAGCCAUGGAUGAAGGGCAGUAUGACGGCAAAGUAGAUGUAUGGUCCCUUGGAAUAACAUGUAUUGAGUUAGCGGAAAGGAAGCCUCCUUUGUUUAAUAUGAAUGCAAUGAGUGCCUUAUACCACAUAGCGCAGAAUGAAUCCCCUACACUACAGUCUAAUGAAUGGUCUGAUUAUUUUCGCAACUUCGUAGAUUCUUGCCUCCAGAAAAUUCCUCAAGAUCGGCCAACUUCAGAGGAACUUCUAAAGCACAUGUUUGUUCUCCGGGAGCGUCCUGAAACAGUGUUAAUAGAUCUCAUUCAGAGAACAAAGGAUGCAGUAAGAGAACUAGACAAUCUGCAGUAUCGCAAAAUGAAGAAACUCCUUUUCCAAGAGGCACAUAAUGGACCUGCAGUGGAAGCACAGGAAGAGGAAGAGGAACAAGAUCAUGGUGUUGGCCGGACAGGAACCGUGAAUAGUGUUGGAAGUAAUCAGUCCAUUCCAAGUAUGUCUAUCAGUGCCAGUAGCCAAAGCAGUAGUGUGAACAGUCUUCCAGAUGCCUCAGAUGACAAGAGUGAGCUAGACAUGAUGGAGGGGGACCACACAGUGAUGUCUAACAGCUCUGUCAUCCAUUUAAAACCGGAGGAAGAGAAUUACAGAGAAGAGGCAGAUCCUAGAACAAGAGCAUCAGAGCCACAGUCUCCUCCCCAAGUGUCUCGCCACAAGUCCCAUUAUCGCAAUCGAGAACACUUCGCUACAAUUCGCACAGCAUCACUGGUUACCAGGCAAAUGCAAGAGCACGAGCAAGAUUCAGAGCUUAGAGAACAGAUGUCAGGCUAUAAACGCAUGAGGCGGCAGCACCAAAAGCAGCUUAUGGCACUGGAGAAUAAGCUCAAGGCUGAGAUGGAUGAACACCGCCUCAGGUUGGACAAAGAUCUUGAAACACAGCGCAACAACUUUGCUGCAGAAAUGGAGAAGCUAAUUAAGAAACACCAAGCAGCUAUGGAGAAGGAGGCUAAGUUGAUGGCCAAUGAAGAGAAGAAGUUUCAGCAGCAUAUUCAGGCACAACAGAAAAAAGAACUGAAUAGCUUUUUGGAGUCUCAGAAGAGAGAAUACAAACUCCGUAAAGAACAACUUAAGGAGGAACUGAAUGAAAACCAGAGCACCCCGAAGAAAGAAAAGCAAGAGUGGCUCUCGAAGCAGAAGGAGAACAUCCAACAUUUCCAAGCAGAAGAGGAAGCCAACCUUCUACGGCGCCAGAGGCAAUACCUGGAGCUGGAAUGCCGUCGGUUCAAGAGACGGAUGCUCCUUGGUCGCCAUAACCUUGAGCAGGACCUUGUCAGGGAGGAGUUGAAUAAAAGGCAGACCCAGAAGGACUUGGAGCACGCCAUGCUGCUGCGACAGCACGAGUCCAUGCAAGAACUGGAGUUCCGCCAUCUCAAUACAAUCCAGAAGAUGCGCUGUGAGCUGAUCAGAUUGCAGCACCAAACCGAGCUCACCAACCAGCUGGAGUACAAUAAGCGGCGAGAGCGUGAGCUGAGGCGUAAGCAUGUAAUGGAAGUCCGACAGCAGCCCAAGAGCCUGAAGUCAAAAGAGCUGCAAAUAAAGAAGCAGUUCCAGGAUACGUGUAAAAUCCAAACCAGACAGUACAAAGCGCUGAGAAACCACCUGCUGGAGACGACACCAAAGAGCGAGCACAAAGCUGUUCUGAAGCGGCUCAAGGAGGAGCAGACCCGCAAGCUGGCCAUCCUGGCCGAGCAGUAUGAUCACAGCAUCAAUGAAAUGCUCUCCACCCAAGCUCUGCGUUUGGAUGAGGCACAGGAAGCAGAGUGCCAGGUUUUGAAGAUGCAGCUGCAGCAGGAACUGGAGUUGCUGAAUGCAUAUCAGAGCAAAAUCAAGAUGCAGGCUGAGGCCCAGCAUGACCGAGAGCUCCGGGACCUCGAACAGAGGGUCUCCCUCCGCAGAGCCCUCCUGGAGCAAAAGAUUGAGGAGGAGAUGUUGGCUUUGCAGAACGAGCGCACGGAGCGGAUCCGGAGUCUGCUAGAGCGUCAAGCCAGAGAAAUUGAAGCUUUUGACUCUGAGAGCAUGAGGCUAGGUUUUAGUAACAUGGUCCUGUCUAAUCUCUCCCCCGAGGCGUUCAGCCACAGCUACCCGGGAGCUUCUGGUUGGUCCCACAAUCCUACUGGGGGCCCGGGGCCUCACUGGGGUCAUCCCAUGGGUGGCCCACCGCAGGCCUGGGGCCAUCCGGUGCAAGGUGGCCCCCAGCCAUGGGGUCACCCCUCAGGGCCCAUGCAAGGGGCACCUCGAGGUAGCGCCAUGGGGGUCCGCAACAGCCCCCAGGCUCUGAGGCGGACGGCUUCCGGGGGACGGACAGAGCAGGGCAUGAGCAGGAGCACAAGCGUUACUUCACAAAUAUCCAAUGGUUCACACAUGUCUUAUACAUAACUUAAACAAUAAUUGAGCGUGGCAAUUCCACUGGAGCUGUCUGCCAAAAGAAACUGCCUACAGACAUCAUCCCAGCAGCCUCCUCACUUUGGUACUGCAGUGUGGAAGCUGAGUGCACAUGGUAUAUUUUAUUCAUUUUGUCAAGCGUUUCGUUUGUGUUUACUAAUUGGUGGGAUGUCAUAGUAUUUGGCUGCCGGGUUUUUUUAUUUUUCCUCUGGGGAGACUUGGAGAGUGGGGCCCAGGGUGAGGGAGGUGGGAUGGGAAGGGAAGGGAGAAGGGGGCUGUAGUAGAAAAGUAAUCUCUUCUGCAAGCGGAGAGAGGAAUUGGCUAGCAGGAACACUAAACAGGCUGAACGGCUCUUGGAGCGGGCUCGCGUGGCCGGCCCCUCACCCCUACCCCUUGAGCCUCUUGAACCGUAGAGGCUUAUGGCCGCCCUCCCCCCCGUCCCUUCCCCCAGGUACUCCCACGACCCACCCCCCGGGUGGGCAGGGUGGACUGAAACUGAGCUCGCAUGAGGCACGACAGACUCCCCUCCCCACUUUCUUCUUUGGUUAAGCUGGUCCGGCUUUAAGGUCUUGCCUCGAGCAGGGAGAGGGCUGAGGAUCCCAGAAGGUUGGCCGUUUUCAGGUGUGGGAGUGACUUUGCAUGAUGCUUUUUUCCCCGAGAGCCGCUUGAGCUUGUCCGUGCCACUGUUCGUCUAGGUGUACUCUCUCUGUGGUACGGAGAUGAAUUUGCUCGUGCAGUUCACACACCCUUUUCAGGGGAAUUGCAUAGGCAAAUCUGUUUGCUUCCAAGGAGAAGUCCAGAAGCCACAAAAACUCCAGCGGGUGUCUCUGCUCCUCCGAAAGUCGGCCUCAUGGUUGUGUGCCACAGCAGCAAAGCGAGGAGGCAGGGUGUAUAAAUACCACACUCAUGUUGCUCAUACUUUGACAUCUCAUCAUAGCUAAGCACCGGAGGAACUCAGAACACCCUCCCUAAUAUUUUUGCUCUGUUAUUAAAAGACACCAAGCCAAUGCAGAUCCAGUGCCGGAGGUGUUUGAAGGAUGCCAUAAUUUGCAAACUGCCAUCUCUUGGACUUUUCAUUACACUACACAUCCAUCAAUUUGAUUUUUCUCUCACCCCUCACCCCCUCUUUUGGCUUGUUGCAAUUUCCUGUUUACAUGUAGUGUAGCCAAUUGUUUAAAAUGUUUUAGUUGCCAUAGUGUCCCUGGAGUCGCCGAGCCAAUGACUUGACCAGCUGCUGACUAACCCACAUCACCACUGUCGGUUCUGCUGCAUGUGCGGCCCCCCUUUUGCCUUGCUGUUUUGGUUGCUGCGAUACUUUCUACAACCUUCUAGUUCAGCGAGACUUUGUGAUGGUUGGCAGCGUGUUCACACCACACCAUAGGAAAACACCACUUCUCGAGGUCUUUAGCCCAGUGUUGCUGUACUACUGAAAGGGAACCGGGAAGUUUGGCUUUUUGGGAAUGAAUCAGUAAAUUAUAGUGGUCAGGGAGUCUGUUGACAAAAAUCAAGUGUGUUUGUGUUGGUUUCUUUUUUUUUCUUUUUUUUUUUGGAUGAUGAUGAUGGUGAAAAGGAUCAGCUAAAUGCUGAGCCAGAAGCUCCCAUGCCCAUCCUUCAGGGUCAGCGAGGGGAGAGUUCAGAACUAGCCAGCCCUAGGGAGUUAAAGCCAACGGGGGUCAGAUUUGGCUGGAGGUAAAGAUGCCCUUUCCUUUCCCCCCAGGCAGGUUAGAGGUCCUGGUACGCUGUUCUCCUCCCUUUUCCCCGACUGCCCCCAAGAGAGCACGGGCGACAAGCGCCCUGACAAUUUAGCUGUCCGAUAUCUCCUUCCCCUCCCACCUCCCCAAAGGCAGGCUUUCUGAAGGAAGCCAGGCCAGUGCGAACUCUGUACUUGAACCCAACUAAACGAUCGCUAUUGAGAUGGUUGGUUUCCUCAGCCGAAUUAAAGGCCUCACCCCAGCAACCUGGUGGCAGGCCAGUUUCUUGGGCACCUCCAGACGGAGCGGCAGGCAGAUCUCAGAGAAACCGACCAACCGUGGGUGAAAAAAGAGAAGUGAUAUUGCCCCUCGGGUCUUUGGGCAGGCCAGAAAACCAGCCAUAGGGUGGGGGCUCGUUUGGCAGGUGGCCGGGACGUGGCCGGACCCCCUCACCGUCCUCAGCCUCGCCGGCUCCCUGGUAAACACCAUGGCCGUUUGUCAUAUCUAUUUAGAGAACAGAUGUCUCGUUUUCCAGCCAUCUUUUAUGCACUAAGACGUCACGCAGAUGCUUCAGACCCAUCGGGCCACUCAGCCUAUGUUUUCCUAGCAGGGUGGGGGGAGGUUUUGCAGUGGGAUCAGAAUGGAACACCUCAGUGUGGGUAUGUCCAGAAAUUCAGUUGCUAAGAGAAAGGAGAAAAAGAAAGGAAAAAAAAAACUUUAAAUGAACACCCUGAACUCCAUGCUCCUUAAAAUUCUGAAUAGUAACACUGGUAUAUUUUAAGCCGCAGUUGUGUUAUUAUUUCACUGCUGUUGUGGACUGAAUUUGGUCAAAGUUUCUGGCUUAAAUUGAAUUACUUCCAUAGAAUUCACUCAGAUCAUGUGUAUUUGUAAGCAUGAUUGAAUGCUGAACCCAAUUGUCUCUCCAUUAGGGCUUUGUAUCCAACCUAAUUGUGUGGUAACCAGUUUUACAUGUAGGUCAUGUGCAGACCUGGAUUAUUCCAUUAAGUUAAUAUUUUAAUUAAAAAAUAUAUAGUUUGCAAAAACUGAUUCAGAUGAACUGGUCUGUGUUUGUGUGGGUGUGUGUGUGGGUGUGUCUGGGCACGAGUAGACGCAUCGGUCUUCUGAACAAGCGUGUGUAACUAAAAAUCCUCCCUGGCUAGCCAUGUGAUGGAGAUGCGGAGCGUUUGAGAGCCUGAAGGGAAAAGCAAGCACUUUCUGAAUCAGUUUGCAAACUCCAGCCUGCGAUUGAGUGGACACUGUGACCUCCAAAGGACCAGUGAGCACUCAGACCACGUCUGUUGAUGACCAUAGUGUAAUCUGGAAGUGGUAGGAAAUAUGUCCAGUGAAGCCAAAGGUUGUCAACACUGGGUUUGGCAUCCAGAGCCUAGCAGAAGAAAGCGUCCCGCGUUCUCUUCCUCUUCCCUUCCGAGACCAGCCUUUUCCAGCAAUUGCUUUUAAGACUUUCUUUUUUUAAAAAAAAAAUCUCAGUCUCAUCUCCCCGCUCCAUCCUCCCUAGGCAAAGCUCGGUCUCCAAUCGCCCAGAUAGGGAGGUAAAUUUGGUUCACUUUUUGAAUCAGGUGACACCUCAGCCUCACAUAUCACUGUGAUUUUGAUUUGAAGCUGCUGUUUUCACUUGGUGCGUGGGUGAGAUCAUGCCUGGAUUUGAAUCCACACUAAAGAAGGCCUAGGGCUUUGCCCUUUGGGCAGAACAGUCACUGGGACAAGAGGAUGCUUCAGUAGGGUGGGGGUGGGAGGGCCCCUCCCCACCCCAGGAAGGGGCACUCUACCCAUCUCAUUUCCCUCCUCUCACCCCCGACAGGCCAGACACUAAAGGCUUACUCUCUUUAGUAAUCUCUUGAGCUGCCUUCUACAAACCGGGGGACUGACGGGUCAGUCUUUUCACCUCAAAUGAAUCAUUGGAAUAUUUUAUCCGAGAUUGAAAUAGUUGGUGUUUUCCAGGUUCUUGCAGAAUGAAUUGUCGGGCACCAAAAUAAUACAAUUUAUUUGCACCUGUGAAAGUGAUUUUCUUGUGCUGGAGAUGCUUCCCAAGUGGUACUCCCUUGUGUCAUACACUGGUGGAAAUAAAUUGUAUUAUACUAGGAUUUUCUGAGCUUUUGAAAUAUGCACAUCUGUGGAAUAGCUGUAUCAUUGGUAUGUAUAUACUGAAUGUAUAUAUGUAUAUAUGUAUGUGUGCGUGUGUGUGCGCGUGUGCACGUAUAUAUGACAAGGCUCUUGCUGUACUCUCCAGCAGGGUGUUGGAGGUCCGUUCUUGUUAUUUACCUUUCAAAGUGAAGGUAAAUGCCUAAAGGUCUCUCUCAGCAGCCUGUGUUCUUGCCAGUGUGGCCAAAUUUGCACAGGAGAGCAAACGCUCUCUAGGCCAAGUGAGUGUUUCGCAGGCCCUGCGCGGUGCGGUCUCCCUGAGCCGCCAGAGCACGAGCCGCGAUGAGGAGGGAAGCCGGACCAGCCAGGGCCAAGACUGCUCAGGAGCGCUUUGGGUGGUGCCGGCCAGAGGCACUGCCGCAGGAAGGCCCCUGGGAGAGAGCCAGUUGGUGUCAGUGGAGGAACGAGAUGUGGGUAUGCAGUGGGAUCCUGGAUCCCCCCCAACUGGCCCCUGAGGUCUCAGGGGCCUCAGUCUUCCUGGCUCAGCCAGAAUCCUGCCACCCAGGCGUCCAGCUCGAUCUGCCACCGGUGGGAGAAAAUGUUGCCAUCCCAGAACAUGCCUCGCCUGGCCCCACGGAGCCAGACAAACAUGUACACUGGGGCCAUCCAUCCCGUGCCACCCAUUCACUGCACCUCAGCAGGGACCAUCCCAGGAAAGAGAGCCAAGGCCUGACGGCACAGUUAUUCCACUCCCAGCCUCUCCCAUCUCUGUGGGCUUGAUAGCUGUAAGCUUCCUGCCUCCCUCCGGCACCCUUGGACCAUCGCUUCUUGAGCAGUGACCCGUCCCCAGCUGCUUCCCUUUCCCCACUGGUGGCAGGGGGCCGGCCCCCGUUUGAGCUCCGUAGUGGUGACCUGAGGAGGCUGGCGGGGAAGAGAUCCGUUUCCCACCCUUAUGAGGUUGGAGGUGGGCAGGGAGGGCUCCCCAUCCAGCACCUCUUGGCGAGUGGGGAGGGUUGAAGGUACCCACAUUCUCCGAGCUGUCCCGUGCCCAAAACCCACCCCGGCAAACCCUCUGCAGCGAGGCUGCCGGGUUCCCGCCACGGCCGUGCCACACCGUCCCCGUGCCGCCGGAACCGGUCUCAUAGGUUUAAGGCCCUGGUGCACCGGCCCUCGGUCCAAGCUUAAGACCCCUUGGGGAGAAAGGGCAUCGUCUCCAACUGUAAACCGUGAGAAAUGUUUUCUCUCCGCUGGCUUGUGGAGAAGAGAACAGAGGAGAAUGCUUGGAGCCUGACUCUUGUAUGCAAAGACUACUGAUUGAAGUCUUCUAUGCUGUAUGUCUGGCCGUGGUGUCUGCACUUUUAUGGAAUCGCUACAGUUGGAUCCCCUGGGAGGGAUUUUAGGGUGGUGGUUUCGCUUCGCUCUAAACUGGUCAUCUAUAAAGCAAUCAGUGAGUUGCUUUAUGGAGUCCGAGAAAAGCAAAACUGAGAACUCCUGUGGUACUGUGCAUCUCACUUGGUCCUGAGCUCUGGUAGCUCUGGCUGUCUCCUAAAGCCACGUAGGGUGACCUCCCUCGAGGUUUCCGACCCCUUCCCUGCACUGGUGCAGGGAAGGACUGGUCAAGGAGGAGUGGGACUAAGUACGUGGCCUGGCUAAUCUGCACCUUAUCUGCCCUGGGUGGGUCUGGGAAUGCUUGCACUUCUGACCCAACUGCAGGGGAUGGAGUGGGGGGAAGAGGAGAAAGACAAGGGGUGGGAGGGAUGGGGACAAUGUUUAGUUUCCCAUUGAGCCACCGAGAAAGCUUUAUUUAAAAAAAAAACAAACUACAUCCAGGAUGCUUACUCAUAUAUAAAAAGGGGCUCCACCAGCUCCUUCUGAAAGUAGCCAGAUGACCAUCGCACGUACUCAUCUGAAAACCUGUGGGGAGUUUGCCAGGAAGGGGAGGAGGGAAGCGGAUCGGAAAGGGCAUCUUCCUCCCCAGAGUUCCCCCUGAAGUACGGGUACCUGAACCGGCACAGUUUUGGUUUUCGCUUAUGAACGUCUAGCAGCUGUGAGUGAAAAUGGUGUAAUUAUCUGUAAAUAUGUAGCUAACAAAUUGACCUAGUUUCUGUAUUCUUUAAGUUUUUGUACUACACUUUAUUGGUUUGGGCCAACUAGAGAGGAGCUGCUGCUGCCAUUACUGGUUGUGGUUAGCAGCUGACCCCUGAAACACCUCAGAUGACGCUGUGGGAGCAAAGCUUCCGUGUUUGAGUGGGGGAAAAGGAGGCUCGGUUGUGUGCCCGGCAGGACUUUGGAGGCCGAGACUUUCCGCGGAAGGCGAUCGAGUCCCCCGCCGCCGGGGUCCCGGGUGGAUUGAGAGUCUCUGGGACUAGCGUCCGGGGCUGCCAGCGUGUCUCGUGCCUCUGAAGCGCAAAAGCGGCUUAGUGCUUUUGCUGAUGAUGGUGCAGGGGAUGCCGGGGUUAGCCUGGAGCUGCUUCUGGGGACCUGACAUUGUAAUUGGGAUGAGCUGGGCCUUGGCUUGGCCAUAGAGUCAGUUUGUGCACCAUGAUUCCCUUGGCAGUUACCUAUGGGGCUGCUUCCUGUUUCGCUCCUUUUCUGCCAGGGCUUCCGGCCUAGGCUCGUGUAGAUGGGUAAUGAAUAAAAAAGAAAAAGGACAUUUAAAAAACAACACAAAAACCAACCAAAAAACAUGUCAUUUGCCUGCUUUCAGUGCCCAGGGAACAUGUUUCUAUGGCAACUCUGAAGUCAGCAGAGUUUGGAAAUGAGACACCGGUGUUAACGAGAGGGCUGUAAUCUCUGCUUUUGCAUGGCUUCGCUUAGCAUCCGAGAGAUAUUGGGUCCCCUGGAUGGGAUGGGAGUCGAGGGGCACGGAGAGAGAGCUGGGUCCUUUCCAGGUGGCACCUCUGGAUUGUACCAAGAUCUGCAGAGUGUCCAGUGGUGGGGGAGAAAGGUGGUCAAGCAGGAAAACGUGAGUUGGCAGAAAGAUCAUUUGAGGAUCCACUGCAGGUUUCUGUAGGGACUGCCUGUGGUGGUGUCAAUAUGUUCCCAACCAAGUUCGGGCCCUGAUUCCCACCUCGGGAGGGAGCAUCCCCUGGCAUUUAAUGAGCAUAAUGCAGACUCUUGGGGAGACAUCUGGUAGGGCAGGUUGCCAAGGUACCUUGGCACGAGAAGGGCAUCCAUUAGGAAAUGCUAGUGGCAGAGGGCUGAGCUAGACAGAGAACAGGAACGGCGGGAGAGCAGGAAGAGGAAAUCACUUCAGACUCACCUUCCCUUUCUCUAGUGCAAUGCAUUGGCUCAGAGGCUCCUGAACCCCGUGGGGGCAGGAGGGCGUGAGGGGGCUCGAGAGACUGAGAAGAUCUCCAACCCGGUGAGGAGAGCCCAGCCUGACUUGGUUGACUGUAAACGCUUGAGAAGUUUUUAUUAACACUUGUGUUGCUAAAUCUUCUUUCCUCCGAGUCUGUGGAAAUCAUUAACCCGUUUAAAAAUCGAAGACAAACACUGACAAAACUCAUGGAUUACUUUGACCAAUUUAGCUGUCAGAAACCCCCUGGUGAGCAGACAGGACCCAUAGCACUAAUGUGCAUUUAGUGAAGCUGGGAGAGACUCUGAGAAAUGUGUAUAGUGUAUAGUGUAUACAAACAGCUUUGCUUGUAUUGUGAAUUUUAAAACAAACUUGAGAUUUCUAACAUAACUAUUAACACAACUUUAACAUAAGUUAUCCCACUGGGUUAAGAGCAUCUUGAAUGUAUAACCCUUUUGUAACUCAGAUUGGUUUCUGCUUCUACCAGUCGUCCAGAUAGUCUAUUUAUAUUUUUUAUUUUAUAUAUUCAUUUCCCUUUAUUUUCAGCCUUCAUUUCCAGCAUUUUUUUUUUUCACAAGUAGUGUGGAAGCAUAAAAGACCAAUUUACCCCUCUCUCGUGGUCCUGGAUUUCCCUCCCCUGGUUUUAAAGGCCAUAGUAUUCCGUUUGCAGCAUCUGUGCAAAUACCAGGGUUUUGGGGCGGGGGUUGCCAUUCAGCUACAAAUGCUUGAGUCAGUUGCUUUUUGUGUGUGUUUUUUUUUAAAAAUAAACAAAAAAACUCACCAUAUCUGUCUGGAGGCGCAGAUGGGGACAGCAGGGGGUGGGGUAGAGGGCUUAUGCGAACUCAUAACAGCCCCUGCCCUCCUCCCAGAGUAGCCUGUCCCUCUGGGGAGCUUCCUCCAUUAGGAGCUUGCACUCCUGCCCCGUGCUCCCCCGUGUUUCCCGCCCCAGGUCCUUGGGGGACGAUGACGUGCAGGGUCCGGCUCCCACCUGGCUUCCAGCCUCCCUCCUAGGCCCGCAGCUUCCCUUGCAGAGAAGGGUGGAACCUCCCGGGAUUCCAGAUGAGGUUUCGGGGACUUGCCCGCUCCCCCGGCUGCCACCUCCACUCGCCGCUCCGGAAACCUGGGUGCCUCCGUGCCCUCAGCCUGCAGCCUUCCCCGUCUGUGUCCUGGCCGGGGGAGGAAACGGGAACCUCCCUCAGGGUGGGGCAGAGGGACCGACGGCAUCGCGUGAAUCACCUUGUCUCCGAAUCGCCCCUGCCGUCGGUCCCCUGCCUCCUGGAGCCUUCGGAUGAAUCGGGGUGGUGUGGAGUGGGGGCCCUGAAAGGUCGGGCUGGUGGCCCAGGUCUGCACUGGAUUUGGGUAGAAAAGAUCCCCCGCGUUAACUGGUCAGGCUUAUUGUACAGUAUAUUGUCAGUAUUCUUCUGGUUCAACAUACAUUAUAGCUCAUAUAUAACCUGUAUUAAUUGUAUAGAUUGUGCAUUUAAAGCUGUUACCAAGUUGUCAGAAAAUAAGAGAAAACAAGUUCAUAUGUAAUAUUUUGUUUGUAAGUAUCCUUUGUAUCAUAGCAAAGGAAAUGUUAAAAAAAAAUCAACUGUAAUAAAGUAAUUUUAGUACAUA